CGCACUUUCAAACCAGUCUCACGAUCCGGUUGUUUGUGUAAAGACAUUGUGAGCGCGAGCGACUGAGGUUUAAGAUUUACUGCAUUUAUUUCCAACCUCUCAGGUUGCGACCAAAGACACCGAAGUGAAAAAAGCUUGUGGCUUAAAUAUGGAAGGGGGUUCUAUUGAUGCCUACACAUGGGAUGCCCCUUCUCAUGUCAUUGAGUCCAUAGAUGAUUUCGUCUUGGACCCUCAAGAUAAUGCUGAUCAGUGGUUUGAUUUGAAGGCCACUCCUAAUGGUGGUACAGUGAACCAGCUUACCACCCCUUUACGGACCACAAAGCCUUUUGAUGAAAUCCAUCAUGAUAACAGACCCAAAGCUCUGGUAUCUCCUAUGGUUAAACAAGGGGAGUCUACAAGCUCAGAAAGCACCUCUACGGAGCCCCCGUCAAACAUUGUCACAUCAUGGGGAAAUGGCACAACUACUGCAGCUCCUGGUCAAGCCAAUAAAGCCGUUCCUGUUCAACCACGCAGAGUGUCAAAACGACCUGUGCCCAAAAACGAAAAGCCCACCGCUCCUACAACACCCCCUGUCAUCAAGAAAAGACGGAGCUCAACGUCCAAGUCUGCUCUACGCAGCGGUCCUGGUGUGAGGAACAGCAUUAGAUUGAGGAACAAACACGCUGCGUCAAAGACUCCGGCUGCCAUCUCGCAUACUGCUUCUACCUCCAAUGCUGCACAGCAGAAAAGUUCAGAGCAACACGAGUUGCAGCGUAUUGAAACUCUUCAAAAGGAGGUGGCAGAACAGAGGCGUAAGAAUGAAGCCAGCUUCAGGGCUGCACUGGCCGGCAGUCAGCCACCUAAGAAGCAAGUGUUGUCCACCACCAUUCCAAAAGAGUUUAACUUCUGUUCAGAUAACAGGUUGAAAAACCACACAGAUGGAUCUUCUGCAGAAGACCACUCAUACAAGGAGAUAAACUUCACCUCUCAGCUCCGCAAACACCCAGCUUCACCUUUGAAGGGCCCGAAGGGAACAACCAUUCCCAAACCCUUUAACCUCUCCAGAGGCAAACGGAAGCUAGAAGAGACGGGCAUCUACGUGCCGAUGGCCCAGCAGAUUGAGCAGUUCCAGAAACGCACACCUACCCGUUAUCACCUGCGUAGCCGGCAGUGCCAAGAGAGAGGACCAUCGCCGGUAAAGCCGGAUAAGCUAAAGGUCACACACCCUAAAACUCCACAGCUGAUGACUCGACUCCGGCACCGGCCCACCACGGUCAAGAGUACAGCAGAGCUUGAAGACGAGGAGGCAGAAAAACUGCAGCAGUUUAAAUUUAAAGCUCUAGAACUCAACCGAAAAAUUCUCCAAGAGCCUGUUGUUCCCAAGAAGCCUGCGGUUAAGGAAAGUACUCGUCCAGAGGUAUUCCAGCUAGAGAUCGAGAAGCGACUUCAGGAAAGGCAGACCAACAAAAAGCCAGAAGAACCAGAGGACCACAUGUUCCACUCCAGACCUGUACCCACACGAAUUCUGGAGGAAGUUGUGGGGGUCCCAGAGAAGAAAGUGCUUUACCCGACUGUUCCUGAAUCACCAGCGUUUGCUCUUAAAAAUCGUGUGCGAAUGGAAAAGAAACAGGAAGAGGAAAAACCUCCAGCGCCAAUUAAGGCACUUGCUGUGCCCCAUUUCCUGCCCUUCCACCCCAAACCUCUCAUCAAGAGCCAGGUGGAAAUGUGUCCCUUCUCGUUUGAAGAGCGUGAGAGGGAACGGAGAGCGAUGAAGGAAAAGAAACUAGAGGAACUGCGAAAUGAAGAGGUGCCAAGGUUUAAGGCCCAACCUCUUCCUGACUUCCAUGAAGUGCAUCUUCCUGAGAAAAAGGUGUUAGAGCCCACCAAACCUGCUCCAUUCAAACUGAUGUUAGAUGAACGAGGAGCAGCAAAGGGUGAACGCUGGGAACACAUGAUGAAAGAGGAAUUGAAACGUCAGGCCGAAGCUGCAUGUUUUAAGGCUCGACCGAACACAACAGUCCACAAGGAGCCUUUUGUACCAAAGAAGGAGAAUCGCUCCAUGUUGGCCAAUACUACUAAUUCUACAGUUCUGGAGGGGUUCCAGUUGUCGACAGAGAGGCGGGCCAAGGAACGGCUGGAGUUUGAGAGGGAGAUGUGCGAGAAAGAGACUCUGAAAGCUCACAUGGAGGAGGAAAGAGCUAGAGAACAAGAAGAGCAAGAAAAAGAGGAGAUCACAAGGCUGCGGCAUGAGCAGGUGCACAAAGCUCAGCCAAUCAGACGCUACAAGCCUGUUGAAGUGAAAAAGAGUGAAAUGUCCCUCACAGUGCCACACUCUCCCAAUUUCUCAGAUCGUUUCCGCAUGUAAAAUGCAUUACGUGAACUUAACUGUACAUAGUUCUUUUUAAUGUCUGUUGUUACUACUUAUGCCUUUGCAACACAAUCUCUUGUGUACAAGGUUUUAUUAUUUUGUGGCUUUUAAGCCUACUUUGUCAAUUUUUGGUCUAGUAAAUAAGGGUUGUGACGACUGCCCUAACUAGUUCUUUAAAUUUUUCAUGUAUAUGCAGCAUCUUUUUCUUUCCUUUUUAACUUUACUGUACUCCUAAUAAAGAAACGUUUGGUGUACAAA